GUGGUGACGCGCGCGGAAGCGCCCUGGGCAGCCUCGGAAGCCGGCGGGCAGCAGAGCGGCGGCGGCGGCCACGGCCGGGCGCCCCGACGGCAGGGGCCCCCGGAACGCUCGGAGGCGCUGACCCCCUGCGGCCCCGCCGCCGUCCUCGGCGGCCCCAUGAGUCGGGAGACCAUGCCCCAGCCGGGAGCCUGGUUGGGCGCAAGCUGUGCGGAGAAGCUGGCGCGGGAGGCGGGGGCCGUGUCUCCGGGCCCCGGCAGAGCCGCCGCGCGGGAGGGCGGGAAGGCGGCGGCCAGCGGGCAGCCGCGGGCCCCGGUGCGGUGCCCGGCCGAGCACGAGGAGGACAUGUAUCGUGCUGCGGAUGAAAUAGAAAAGGAGAAAGAGUUACUUAUACAUGAAAGAGGGUUAUCAGAACCUAAAUUAAGUGUAGCUCCUGAAAUGGAUAUCAUGGACUACUGCAAAAAAGAAUGGAGAGGAAAUACUCAAAAAGCUACAUGUAUGAAAAAGGGCUACGAAGAGGUAUCUCAGAAAUUCACCUCCAUAAGGCGAGUCCGCGGAGAUAACUACUGUGCGCUGAGGGCCACGCUGUUCCAGGCCAUGAGCCAGCCGGCGGGGCUGCCCUCCUGGCUGCAGGACCCGGAGCUCACGCUGUUACCAGAAAAACUCAUAAGCAAAUACAGCUGGAUCAAGCAGUGGAAACUUGGAUUGAAAUUUGAGGGGAAGAGCGAGGACCUGGUUGAUAAAAUUAAGGAGUCCCUCACUUUACUAAGGAAGAAGUGGGCAGGCUUGGCUGAACUGAGAACUGCUGAAGCAAGGCAGAUAGCUUGUGAUGAACUGUUCACAAAUGAAGAGGAAGAAUAUAGCCUUUAUGAAGCUGUAAAAUUUUUAAUGUUACACAGAGCCAUUGAACUGUAUGAUGAUAAAGAGAAGGGAGAGGACGUACCAUUUUUCUCUGUGCUUCUGUUUGCUCGGGACACAUCCAGUGACCCUGGACAGCUACUGAGGAACCAUCUAAAUCAGGUGGGACACACUGGUGGCCUCGAACAGAUUGAAAUGUUCCUUCUGGCCUAUGCUGUGCGCCACACCAUCCAGGUGUACCGGCUCUCCAAGUACAGCACUGAGGAGUUCAUCACGGUCUACCCCACAGACCCUCCCAGGGACUGGCCGGUGGUGACCCUCAUCGCCGAGGACGAUCGGCACUACAACAUCCCCGUCAGAGUGUGUGAGGAGACGAGUUUGUGAGAGACAUACACCCGGACAGCCUGGCAGCAGGGCCAAAGUGUGCGGGCAGCUCCUCAGCUCGGGCCUCGGCCUGCUGGUCUCUUAGAAUGAAUUACGUGGACUCUUGGACCCUGUGAGCCAAGCUGGCCUGGGAUGUUCUGAAGACUAGCUUCUGAUAAUGAGUUAACCAAGUUUUCUCCUCAUUUAUGAUGCAAUAUGUUUUAGGGGACCUUUCAGAGCCACAUCUGUUGGAAGGUGCACCAUCUUUUCCAUAAAACAAAUAACUUUAGUAUCAGGAGAAUAUGUUCUUUUUAUCUCAAACCAAACUUUCUCUAUUAGUAAACUGGCUUUCAAAUUUUUUUUUUAAUAGUAAUUUUUUUGUUUUGGUGGUAAUGGGUCUCUGAGGUGCCCUUCCUAUGCAGUCUGCUUACGCGGUAUAAUUCUGGGAUGGAGUCUGCUAAUGGCACAGUCUCAACAUCCUCUGAUAGUCUUGGCAAGCAGUGAUUGGGAUUUACAUACUAAUUAAAGCUACCUUAAACAGAUUAUUUAAUAGAAGAUUGAGAAUUGGUUUAUUUAAAGGCUGGAGAGGAGCAGGAGGGAGAUGAUGGCACCUGGAAAUCUUUGCUCUUCGAGGACAUGACCAGUGUUGAGGCCGCAGCCACACCAGGUCUGGUGCUGGUUGCAAGUGGUGUGCUUUAGUGUCAGGCUGUUUAUUACUCUGUGGCCUAUAGGUUCACUAUUAUAGUCAGAACAGAGCUCAGAUCUACCUGUGUUUUUAGAGGAAACCAAGGCCAAAUGACCGCAGGCACUCAUCUGAGUUUAGGGGUGGGAUAAGCUGGAUCCAGGUGUUCCUGUGCCCUUUUCCUGCUAUUUUUUAGGAUGUUUCUAUUGCCAAAUUCAUCUGCUGGCAGUAUCUCAGGUUUUUCAUGAGUUAGUUUAAGCAGAAGUGUGUACUAAAACAGUGCAAAAGUAUGGCUAUGCUGCAUCUGCCCCUGAUUUGUUUUGGAAAGCCUGAGGGAGGCAGUGUUCUGGGCCAUGAGCAAUUGCCUGCAUGGUGACCGGAUGGUGGUUACGGGGCAGCCUAGCUGAGCGUGGCCUGCAUUAGGACUUGAAUUGUCUACGUGAGGCGUUGACUGUGGACACUGCUCACAGUAACCAGACACGUCACUCUUUAGGGUUGUACCAGCAGCACCUGAAUUGGCUCAGCAUUAGUGGAGGUGGUGUUUCCCUGAAGCACUGAGCUUUAUUUUAGAAUAACUUAAAUCUUCAUUUGGUGCAGUUUAAUAGUUUAUAAGCUCUCUAAUCUGUGUUUUUUUUCAGAGGGGCGAACCUUUUUUGAAAAUCUAAGUUUUGCUUUCAUUUCAAAUUCUUAGUUGAGAAAACUCAGAGGCUACACAAAACUACACAGACUGUUACGUUAGUAUUUUCCCCAUGACCUCGUCAGUACUAGUCACCACGUUUUGGUAGAUGCUAAUUCCCUGAAUCAAAUUCUGCUCUAAAUGUGUGUGGAUUGGAGAGGCUUGUGUUUUUCACUGUGAAAUGCAAUGGUGCCUGGAUAGGAGGUGCCUAGAAGCCAAGUUCAAGUAAUAAUAAUGACUUCUUGUUGGCUUCGAUGCUUCAUUUUAGUAUUUGUAACAUAACAGGAAAUACAUACCAUUUCAUUCUUGAGUAUUUUUAAAAGCAUAACUUCAAAUGUGUAGGUUUGAACAAGGCAGCAGGAAUCUGUGUUCCUCUGACCGUUUGUUCAUACCCACCAUUGAAUUUUAACAGUACUCAUGAUCAUUUGUCUUUGAAUUUUGAAAAUAAUCUAAUCUCAGUGAACUUGAACUGGACUUCUGGGCAACUUAAUUGUUUACAUUUUAUACUUUUUUCUUGUUUCUAUGUAUGAUAUUGUUAAAUUGUGGUCUUCACUCCUACACUGAUAAAAAUUCAAAAAGGUAAGUUUAAUUGGUUUUCUGUCCCAAGGCCUUAUUUGACUCUGCUCUGAGACAUCGUCCAGGCUUAGCGGGGUCACAGCAUAAGAGGAGCAAAGCUGUCCAUGAAACAGUGCUUCAGGAAAUACAGAUGAUUGGCCAACUUUAAAAAUAACAUCUGUUUGUUGCAACAUGCAACUUCAGUUACUCAGAUUCCUAAUUCCAUUUCUCAUUCCUGGUCUUGGGCUGGCCAGUGACAUGAGCAGAAUAAAAAUGGAAUUGAGACCAAAAUGGAUUCAAGAGAACAAUUAUUUAGAAGGACCUCUAAAAUGAUCAAGUAUCUAGAAGGAAAGUUAGUGGGAACUGCACUGUGCUUACUUUCAAUCCCAGAGUUUAUUGCAAGAGUUCAGAGAUUUUGAACCCCAUGAUUUUGGCAGAAAGAUGAUCUCUACCUUAAGCAGGCAUGACUUAUUCCUUUGAGCUCAUUUAAGGUACAUUUAAAUAUAAAUGGUACAUAAAAAAUUAAUAAAGAAUUUCUGUGUAGCAAGUUCCAUGGCAUUAGCUUUGCUCCUUCAGAAUUUUUUCUGGCUCCCCUCCUCACCUGCAUAUACAGCUGUUCAUCUCACCCAUACACCUGGAACGGUGAUGUCAGCAGUGGAGAACAUGAGGCCAGUGUGUGGUUUUUCACUUGUGAUCUAGACGUAGGUGGAAUUUGAUCUGAAAAGCUUGCAGUUCCUCUUCCUUCGAAUACGGCAUACCUGAAAAUGUUUUAAAAGCACAGAACAAGACUGACCCUGUUUUCUUUAUAUAGCAAUUUCUACUUUUAUUAUACUGUUAUAUAUUCAGUUAAUGCCUGAUGAAAUUUUUCUUUAAGAAAAACAGACAUUGCCUUUGUGUUCUUUCAUUAGUCUUACCAGGUAAAAUCUCAGGCCAUAUGCACUAACACCUCUGAUGGGAGAAAUGGCCUUUGCAGGUUAUAUGCUUGUUUUCUUUUUAGUAUUUUUGUUUUAAGAGGCUGUGCUAGUCCUCCUGCUCUCACCCUCACUCCCACGUGCUGUUUUCUUCCAGAUAAUGACUGAAGUGCUUAUGGAAAUGACAUCAUUGCAUUUAAUGAUGUAGCGCCUUUACCAUCAGCAUAGAUGUAGGACUCCAGUAUUCUUCCUGGCUGUUCUCCUUUCUGAUGUUAAACUAGAGUUAGAUUAUCUUCUUUUCUCUUUUUCUUAAGCAACACUUUGCAGGUACUCCCCCUUGAAAGCCAGAAAGUUAUUUUCAGAAGUAUAUACCUCCAGGGCAUCUCACUUGUAGGCAUACAUAAAAAUAAAUGCCUUUUUAAAAGA